CGCCGCGCUCGCGCCUGCGCAGUCGCAUCGCAGCGGUUGCUAAGGGAACAGAGGCCCUGGUGAUGGAGCCGGAAUAAAGCGUCUUCAUGGUGGUGAAGGACGCGCGAGCAGAAGAGGCCGCCCCCGCCUGCCACGACGGACGGAUCGGCUCCAGUUAGCACAAGAGGGCAGGAUGCCACACAAGAUUGGGUUUAUUGUUAUAAGUUCUUCCGGACAUGAGGAUGGCUUCAGUGCCAAGGAGCUGAUGGUUCACGCGCCAACGGUCAACGGAUGGAGGUCACCAAGACUCUGCCAGUAUCCCCAAGAAAUAGUCCUCCAGAUGGUGGAAAGGUGCAGAAUUCGAAAGCUGCAGCUCCUGGCUCACCAAUAUAUGAUCUCCAGCAAAAUUGAGUUCUUCAUCAGUGAAAACUUGCCCGAUUAUUUUGCGCCCUAUAAAACGGAGCAAUUCCAGAGGCUGGGUUAUGUCUCCCUUUCCGAUAACGAAAAGACCAACUACAGGGCCCGGGAAUUGAAAUCUGUCUACGUGGAUGCAGUUGGCCAAUAUCUAAAGUUGACUUUCCACAAAAACUACGCCAAUCGGUACAACCUGUACAGCCAGGUUGCUCUUGUGGCGAUAAACAUCAUUGGGGAACCUGCAGAUUUGAGCCAUGAGAACAGCCAGUCUUCCAGGGAGAAGCUGAUCGACCAUUACCUAGGGAGCAACUCGGAUGAAUCGGCCCUCGAGGGGAGCUACCCUGGGAAGGCCGACGCCAUUUCUCCGCUGGACGAUCUGGCUUUUGACAUGUACCAAGACCCGGAAGUGGCCCAGAUCAUCCGGAAGCUGGACGAGAAGAAGCACGAAGCGGUGCACCUGGAACACUACGAUCACGCCAAGAAGCUCAAGCAAGCCAUCGCGGAUCUGCAGAAGGUCGGGGAGCGGUUGGGGCGCUACGAGGUGGAGAAACGGUGUGCCGUCAAGCGGGAGGACUACGACUUGGCCAAGCAGAAGAAACAGCAGAUGGAGGACUAUCGUCUCAAGGUCUACCAGCAGUUGGAGCUUCAUAAUCUCUUGGACCCAGAUCUCGCCAUCCGGCGACUACCCGACCUGCCACUGGACCCCGUGGCUCAGCCCACCACGACUCUCCAGCAGAGGAAGCCCCUGCCGUCUCCCUGGAGGGAGAAAGCCAAGCCAGAGAGUCCGGCCUCGUUGCCCCCCGAGAAGCCCCCGGAAAUCCCCUCGCCUGAGCCGGCCCCCUCUCAGGCCUUCUCUUCCCCCCUGGCCCAGGCAGCUCCCAUCGCUGCAGAGACCUUCCCCAAGAUCAGCGUCGAGUUCUUACCUUACGACGAGCGGCCCCUCCCGGCCAUCCGCAAGCAGCAGGAGGAAGGUUUUCCCUUGCUGGAGCCUGAGGCGAACGAGGAAGAGCCCGGAGACACGCCCAGGAGUGGGGUGGUUGGCGAUCCGGAGCCGCUGACCGAGAAGGCCCUGCGGGAGGCCAGCGCCUCCAUAGACGUUUUCGGGGAAACUCUGGUGGCCGGCGCCUAUUCCAAAACCUGGUCGUAUCGCGAGGACUCGUUGCUGGCCAUCUACAAGAAAAUGGCGGAGGCUCCCACCAGCACGCCCAAGGAGGAGCUGAAGAACAUGCUCCGGGGGGCCGUCUUCCUCAUCGUGAGGGCCAUCAAAGAUAUCGUCUCUUCGGUCUUCCAGGCCUCCUUGAAGCUGCUGAACAUGAGCCUCACCCAGUACAUCCCCAAGCACAAACUGGGCAGGCAGGAGACCGUCUUCUGCGUGGAGCGGACCUUCCCCAACCUCCUUGCCCGGACUGGGGACUCCUCGGCCCGCCUGCGGAUGACUGCUGCCAACUUCAUCCAGGAGAUGGCCCUCUGCAACGAAGUGAAGCCUCUGCAGAUCAUCCCUACCCACCUGGUGCAGCCCCUGAGGCCCAACUGCCCCACGCACCUGGCCAUGAGCCAGGUGGAGCUGGUGGAGCGCUUGCUGAAACACCUGGGCACCGAGAACUCCGGCUUCACCAUCGAUAACGUCAUGCGAUUUGCAACAGGAGCUCUGGAGCACCGGGUUUUCGAGGUGCGGGAAACGGCUCUCCGGAUCAUCUUGGACAUGUACCGGCAGCACCGAGACAACAUCCUGGAUUAUCUGCCCCCCGACGACGCCAACACACGCAAGAACGUGCUGUACAAGUCCCUGUUCGACGGCUUUGCGAAAAUCGACGGGCGACUCACGGAGGCCGAGCUCAAAGCCCAGAAGAAGUCGGCAACCGAGGAAGUGGAGAAGGAGAAGAAAGAUGAGAUCAAAGCCUUGCAAGGCCAAGUGGCAGCCCUGAAGGAGAUGCAGGCAGAGGCCCAAGUUGACAAGGAAAAAGAUAGCGAUUUCCAGAAAUCAAAGAAUCAAGCCGAAGCGUCCAAGAAGGCUGCCCAACCCGUUCCGGCCGAUGCCCUUGAUGACCAUUCCUCGGUCGCCAACUACCUGGACAACCUGUGCAUCUUCUGUGGGGAGAGGGACGAAUCCUUCACCGAGGAAGGCCUGGACCUCCAUUACUGGAAGCACUGCCCCAUGCUGACCAGGUGUGACUUCUGCAAGCAGGUGGUGGAAAUCGCCAGCCUGACCGAGCAUUUGCUGACGGAGUGUGAGAAAAAGGACAAUUUUGCCAAGUGUUCUCGUUGUUGCGAGGCCCUGCCGAAGGACGAGCUGGCCCGGCACGUCAAGAGCCGGUCUUGCAACCCUGCCAAGCCUGAGAAAGUGGCCAACCGUUGCCCAUUGUGCCACGAGAAUUUUACACCGGGCGAGGAGGCCUGGAAGGUGCACCUGAUGGGCCAGGACGGCUGCCGCAUGAACCCGAGGCGCACACAUUCCCUGAACAAGAGCCUGCCGGCGCAGACCGUCACCGGCCGGGCUGGCGGGAGCAUCCUGAACCGGUCGGGCCCCCUGGGAACGAAGCUGCGGUCUCCCACGGUGGGGAGCAAAAUCCCCACCCCCCGCGGAGGCCUGAAUAAAAACACUGGCAGAACGUAUGCAAAGCGAUGAGGCGGGUCCCUUCUUUCCCUCCCGGGGGCCACGCGCCCCUGCUUUCGCUGCAGGAGGAGGAGGUCUGGCGGUGGGGGAGCCCUCGGCGGUCCGGCAGGGGGCCGUCCUGAUUCUCUGCCCGUCGCCCCCUCCCCUCAUUCGCAAUCGCUGCAUUUCGCGCUGUAUAUACAGAAUCACAGAGUUGGAAGGGACCUUGGAGGUCUUCUAGCCC